ACUGCACGACUGCAACAUCCUUAUUGCGAGGCGCGCGGGCGCGCACUGCUUAUCAGUGGAACGAGACGCUUCCACCGCACCGGUGUAAAAGUCACUUUUGAGCUCGCGCCUCAAACUGCUACAAAGGGGUGAAAAUGGCUGAGGACAUUCAGGCCAAACUUAAGAAAUAUCGCACUGCUCCCUUUGAUGCCAGAUUCCCCAACCAGAACCAGACCAAGAACUGCUGGUCCAACUACAUGGACUUUCACCGCUGCCAGAAGACUCUGGACGCUAAAGGAGUAGACAACGCCCCCUGUGAAUGGUACAAGAGGGUCUACAAAUCACUCUGCCCCAUUGCCUGGAUCCAGAAAUGGGAUGACCAGAGAGAAGAGGGGACCUUUCCAGGAAAGAUCUAAGACUGCCAUUUCCAAAGCUGCAAGGAUGUAAUCUUUGCAGCUAAAUGUUUCACCUCCACCUUUCCUCUACUGAUGCUCUGUCCUGUAAACCGAUUAGUUAUUCCUUACCAAUUACAUGAAAUGUACAACAGCUUCUGCAUUAAACUAUCUCAGGAUACAUUUAUGUGG